CCCUCCCCUCUAGUGAGUGGACAAUACUGCCCCCCCGUGACCGCAGAUAUAAGCAAACUUCGGCCCACCGGACUUCAGUGACCAGUGACUCGUACACCAUGGCUGCCCUUACUCAGAUGUUGUGUGUUUUGUCUGUGGCUGUAGCUGCUCAGGCCGGGUACCUCGGUGGAUACGCCGCCCCCGCCAUCAGUUAUGCCGCCCCCGUCGCUUACGCCGCCCCCCUGCCCUACGUCAAACACGCACCAGUAGACUACUACGCUCACCCCAAGUACGCGUACAACUACGGAGUGAAGGACUACCACACCGGAGAUGUCAAGAACCAAUGGGAGGAGCGAGACGGUGACGUAGUGAAGGGAGAGUACAGUCUGGUGGAGGCUGACGGAACCAUCCGUACAGUCACGUACACUGCCGAUGACCACAAUGGAUUCAACGCCGUUGUACACAAGACAGGACAUGCCGUCCACCCUGCUCCCGCGCCAGUCCAUGUGCCGGUCUACCACGCUCCUGCCCCCCUUUACCACCACUAGCACCAACCCUGUCUCAGCUGAGGGCAUUCCUAGCACCUUUAAACAUCUGAUUUAACCGCUGUCUCAGGAAUUUGUUAGGGCCGAGAGGAAACUAUCUAAAACGAAAAUGCGUCACGUAUAAAAAAUAAUAUAACUUAAUUUUGCCUAGAAGCUUUUACUUAUUUAUGGAAGGGCCGGGUGAGAGGAUAGACAUGCUUGAUUGUUUCUUUAUUUUAUUUAUUUCUAAACUCGUAGGUGUUAGUAACAAAAUUUCUCAUGUUAGAAACCUACUUAGUCACCACAGAAAUUACGAAGAAAAAGUCAAAUGCGUCUAGGCUUACAACCUGAGAGAUAUAGGGGUAGUUUUUUCAAGUUAAGAUAUGUCAUUACCAAAGUUCAGCCACUGCGUGCCAACUUGAUAUGAAGUGUUUUAUACCUUUCUUUGUAUACUUUGCUCUGUCUGAACCUCUUGCAUGGUGCUACGACUCACUGCUACUCUUUCUUCUUUUUCCUUUCGAAUUCCCAGAUGCCCAAGGCUAGUCGAGAACGGUCCAAGCGUACCUGUGUUCAUUGAAGGAGUACUUUAAACUUGUACAUAGUAAUUAAUUUAGCUGUGUUUUAUAUUUGCAUAUUAGCUUGCUCAUUUUGUAUCUUUCAAGUACUGAAUAAAGUAUUAUUGAAAUAAA